CAAACCAGCGCCGCUUCCACAGCCGCAGGCCCGAGCUGUCCUGGGGGGACCGGAGGCGCCCGUCUCAGGGGGGGCAGCGCGUCCUAUAAAAGAGCCGUCGCUCCGCACUCAGCCCAGAUCUAACCCGACGCCAGAAGCAGUCUAGAGUGCAGAGAGCUGAGAGCCGAGCGCCCAGCGUAAGCCGAGCCUUCGCGGCCCCGACCAAGAUGAGCCUGAGCCUGCCCUGGACACCCCGUGCCCGUGGACGCCCCACCUGCCCCCGGGAUGAUCCCCAGCCCUGUCCUGCCCAGCCCUGACCUGGGAGACCUCCCUGGAGCCCCCCUGGGGCAUUCCCUCAGGAGCAGCCUUCUCUCCGGCCUGAAGUUCCUCCUGGCCUGGGCCUGGGCCCAGCUGGGGACAGCGGAACUCCAGCCCAGGCCCAGCCGAGGGGCAAAGCUUGGGAACCCUGAAGCCAGAGCCGAGGCGGAGGAGGGCCCCGAAGAUGGAGCAGCCCAGCCCAGCUCCAGCCCCCUGCCCUGCGCCGGGGAACAAGCGAGGAGAGGGGGCCGUGAGGACGCUGAAGGGCCAGCUGGCCACGGGCUUGGAGGGCGGAAGGUCCGGGAUGGAGCCUCCGGGAGAGAGAAGCUUGGCAGUGAGCCCGGCGGCCCGGCCCAGCGAGACCGCGGGCCUCUGGAGGAGGGAGCAGCUCCUGGCCUCGUCAUGGGACCCCGGGACCCCUGGCCCGGGAGCCGGCCGAAGAGCAGCGAAGAUAAAGGAGAAGAGGUGGGGGGUGACGCCAUGCCCGGGGCCCUGAGCCCAACUGAGCACGGCCUCCCUUCCUGGGCAUGCCCUCGGGGGCCCCGGGCCCUGGCCCGGCAGCUCAGAGAAGAGGCAGACAGAUGGUUGGGGGAGGCUGAAGGAGGAGGACCAGGAAAAGAGCCUCCUCCUGUGCUCUGCAGCCCCCUGCUCCGGGCCUGGGCCUACAGGCCCAGUGAGGAUGAGGAUGAGGAUGAGGAAGAUGUGUCCAAUGAGGAUGAGGAAGAUGUGUCCAGUGGGGAAGAAGGAGAUGAAGAGGAAGAUGAAGGACCAGGAAAAGAGCCUCCCCCUGUGCUCUGCAGCCCUCUCCUGCGGGCCUGGGCCUAUAGGCCUGGUGAGGAUGAGGAUGAGGAUGAGGAUGAGGAUGAGGAAGAUGUGUCCAAUGAGGAUGAGGAAGAUGUGUCCAGUGGGGAAGAAGGAGAUGAAGAGGAAGAGGGAGGACCAAGAAAAGAGCCUCCCCCUGUGCUCUGCAGCCCUCUCCUGCGGGCCUGGGCCUAUAGGCCUGGUGAGGAUGAGGAUGAGGAUGAGGAUGAGGAAGAUGUGUCCAAUGAGGAAGGAGAUGAGGAUGAGGAAGAUGCCAAAGAAGGGCCUGUGGGCAGAGAGGACCCUGGGCUGCAGGACUUCCUCGUGUCCAUCUUCGCUGCUGGCGCUGUGCGGCCCCGCCCCUGGCCCGCAGUCCGGCUCCCCCAGAGGCUGCGGAGGCGCCUGAGGCCCCGAGGGACCCCUGUGGAGCCAGAGCCGGAGCCCCCCCGAGGAAGGAAGGUGCGGUUCUCCAGCACGGUGGGCCUUCGCCUCCUGGUGGUGUGGGCGGGUCCCGCCCGCGCCGCCCGCCGGGGGCUGUGGGAGCAGCUAGCGCGGGACCGCAGCCGCUUUGCCCGUCGCAUCGCCCAGGCCGAGGCGCUGCUGGGCCCUUGCCUUUCCCCCGCCGCCCGGACUCGAGCUUGGGCCCGGCUCCAGGGCCCGAGCAUUUCUCCAGAGCCAUAGAAGUUCUCCUCCCCACUGGCUGCGGCCCUGCCCUUCUCUUGGCGCUUCCUCCCCAGCCCGGGACCUGCCUUCUCCCAGAGCCCCCUGCUUCCAUCUGGGCAGUUCUGCCCAGGCCCUGACCUCUUAGCCCUCUCCCCUUCCCCGCCGGUCACAGGCAGGCGCCAUAUACGUGUGGAGCCAUUGGGGGGGGGGGGUAGUGGGGGCGGAUUCGUGGAUUGGAAGCUCCCGGAAGGCAGGGACUAUUCCCCAGUGUCUCACAUAGUAAAUGUUUAAUAAAAAUUUGUUGGACUUAGUUGAA